ACUAUCUAUAUCUACCUGCGAAAGGAAAGGUAAACAAAGUCAAAACGACGAAGCCCCGCAAGGCUGUGUGGGUGAACUCAUACUAGCUAUCAUCACUCUCUGCUCCCUAUAGCCCUGCAUUACGAACGUGCAGCAGCUUCUGGCUCUGUUUUGUCAGACAUCGAGAAUCUAGAAUGAGCUCAAGGAAUUUUAUUUGAUUUAGUGACUUUGGUCUAGGCAGCAUGGCGACCUUAGAUAGCUCAGAUAUAGUUUGUCCAUCGCCACCACUGUUUGCGGAUGAUGAGGACAUCGUUCUGGACUCACCUAGACUUCUCGUGGAUCACGAUGGCCCACAUGAGGCGCUGGAGAGACGAGAGAUUGACAUGCAGCACAGACCGUUCUCCUCGUCCAGUGUUGCUGUGUCCAGUGCUGCUGGUGGAGCUGAGUGGAAUCGACAGCCUGUGGCAAUGGCUGACGAUGUGAUGAGUUCAUCUAGGACUGCUCACACACGGAGCGCAACAGGUACACAACGUGGUAGCUCUGCUGAUGGUGAUACUGCUGUUGACUCCAUGGCAUCCACUGACUGGAGUGGUCAUGAUCUAGAUGCACCGCUGUCAUUAGAUUCACCGCCUUUGCUACAGGACGUGGCACUUCCACACAUAGCAUUGGAAUUGACAGAGAAUGCUGAUCACAGCCGACCCAAUGGUGCGCAAGCGUCGCCUAUCUCUACAAAUAUGGACCAAUCAAUGCAGGCACGAGAUGGCGGCACAAGUACUCACCCCAUCAGCAGUGCAGCUAGUGGCAAUAGUGCAGUAACACGUAUAUCAGCAGCAGUAUCGAUAGCCAGUAGUUCUAUCGCCGGAGACAGUACAUCACCCUAUUUCCUUGGUUCUAGUAGAACUGGGCCAGUAGGUAGCCUACCUGGUAGUGCACAGCUGCUGGCCUCAGUACAUGCUGCUACCUCUAGCCAGUCUGUGAGCUCCAGUAGUAGCAGUAGUAGCAGUAGUAGUACUAGUGCUAACACUACAACUGUAACCAGUGCUGGUGGCACCAUGCCUGCCCACAGCAUCAGUAGCCAGCCGGCAACGCAUACACACCGCUCAAGGGAAGCACACAGUGCGGCACCUGCCGGCGCAAGCGUCGGCAAUAGCGCAAAUAGCUCGCCGGGCCAUGCACGAACGGACAGCCGAGUGGAAACGAACGGACACGCUAUCGGCCUGGCAAUGGGUAACGCCAGCUCUGCCAUCGCCAGUAGUAGCACUCGCACGAUUGCCGCCAAUAGCACAGCCACCAGCAGCAGCGUCAUCAGCAGUAGCAGUGCUGACAGUAGCCGAAGACGACACAAUCAGAACAUAGCCAAUGACCACGGUCACCUUUCCUUGCACUAUCACACGUCAGACAGAUCACGCAUCUCCGUCACUCUAGACCCAACGACGACCGUGAGCUUAUCUGUUGUUCAAGUCCCCGCUGACGGCGGUAGCUCUGCGUCAGAGGACGAUGCUGAAACGGACAUGGACAAUGAUGGGGAUGAGACGGAAAUUGAAAUUGAUGAAGCCCAUCCCGCGGUCCACAAUGCCAUUAUUGUGUCGGACUCGGAUUCGGACACGCCGGAUCAGCUCCCAACGUUGACAGCCCUGGACGGUGCUGACGACUUUCGCCUGGUCGACGCGACCACCACCGGAGCGGCGGAGGGGGAGGCGAACGGCGCACUGGUCCCGCCGAUGUCGGACGAAGUAUCUAUCGCUAUUGAUACCCCUCUGGUGUCUAGUACGGCGGCUACUCCAGUGUCUGUUGAACCUGGUGGGGCUGCUGGUACAUCUACCGCUGCAGCUAGUGUAGCUCAGUCUACUAGCAAUGCCUUGGCUGAUCAGUCCUUGGCAGAGUUUGAGACCAAGAGACCCAAGAAGCGCAGCCGUGCCGAAAUGGAGGAGACGGCGGACGAGCCAGCCGAAGAGGGCAACACAUGCACCAUUUGCUUUGAUGAAUGGACUAAUGCCGGCACUCAUCGCAUCUCUGCACUGAGAUGUGGUCAUCUCUAUGGCUUCAGCUGCAUUGAUCGCUGGGUUAGAUCCAAUGGUACGUGUCCACAGUGCAAGGCGAAAUCAAAAAGAUCGGAAAUCCGUAAGCUGUAUGCCAACAAGAUCUCAGCACUCGACACAACGGAACGAGACAAGGCGAUAGAGGAUCUACAAGCGGAGAGAAGGGAACGGCUUCGCGUCGAGGAGAUAGCUGCUCAGUUUCAGCUGCAGAACAAGCUCCUGCAGCAGGAAUGCCAGCGCAUGAAGCAGCAGCUGCAGCAACAGCAUAGAGACGCAGAGCUUGCCAAAUCCAGUGUCGGUUCAGCAAGCAAUACUGCACGAUCUACCGUCUCCUCACGAACCACAUCACCCACGUCCUUACUGGCCGCAGGCUUGCAAACUACAGAGACAAGAUCAUUCAUGCCACACAAGAAUAUCAGCGUUGCCCAGUCGGAAGCUAGAGUGAUGGAUUUUGAUCGUUCCAACGGCAUCCUUGUAGUGUCCCGUCCAUCAGCACGUGAGAAUCAACUGCUGCGGGGAGCGGGUCUCGUCAAGGUAUCACUGCAGGAUUCACGACACAUGGAGUAUGUCAACAUACACACACAGCGUAUCCGUGAUGUCAGUGUCAGCCGGGACAGCGUUGCUCUGACUGCUAGUGAGGACAAAUCUCUUCGCUUGACCAGCAUGAUCAGCAACACUGUCGUACAGAAGUACAGUGUACCCACGGCGGCCUGGGCGUGUUGCUGGCACCACGAGGAGCCACAGUACUUCUUCGCCGGCCUGCAGAACAGCAAGGUGCUGCUGUUCGACGUGCGCAACACCUCGCAGCACGUGGCGGUGGUGGGAGAGCCCACAAUGGACGGUGGCGAGUCUACAGCAGCAGCAGUGCCGGUGCGCCGUGGCGGGCCUCCACUCAGCGGUCCAGUCGUGUCAAUGUGCCACGUUGCUCCAGGACCAGUGUCCGGAAACUUCCGUGCUGGAGGACUGUUGGUGUGUCGCACCACUGGCCUGACUUUCUAUCAACAUGACAAUGGAGCAGACUACAGUGUGGUUCCCAUGCUAACUGGCAACACGUACAACGUAUCGUGGGAGUCUGGUGUUCGCCAUGGUCUGGUGUCACUGCGUCCGGGCAAGAAUAGCAAUCAUGUACAGCAUAUGCUGUUCCAGCUGUCCAAGUCGACCGAUUCAUCGGCACUCCAUCAACCCACCGGCAGCAUGGCUGCCUCGGCGGGUGCUUCUUUCUCUUCUGCUGUUGCCGCUGGUGGUGGUGGUGGUGCGGGUCACCCUCGCUUUAACUGUGUGAUGCCGCUGACGGGCGGUGUGUCGGCAAGGCUGCUCUCCAAGUCCGCGCUGUUUGUGCACCCGGACGAGCAAGGUUCUUUGCUGGCAGCCGUUCCCGACGACUCAGCUCAAGCUGUUCUCGUGUUUGACUGUCAACAAGGCACUGAGAUUCAAAGGCUGACAUGCCUGUCAUCAGGCCAGAAAGAGAUUCUUCACUCACGCCAGUUCAAGCACAACGGUGAGCACUUCAUCAGCGCUCUCACCGAGACCAACCUGGCGCUGUUCCGCUGGACAUGACAUCAUCCCUGCUGGACAUGACAUAAUGCCUGUGGACAUCAUGCCUGUUGUUAGCGUCCCGCUGGACACUCCCAUGUUCUGGUGCAAACUUGAGAAUAGUGACAUGGAUGCAAGUUGCCACGAACAUGUCAGUGAUCAAAGUUCCUAUGCAUGUACACGUGUAAGCAUACACUGGUCAAUAUCCGCGGUGAUGCAGUGCUGGAUUUUUACUCUUCGAGAGUGUGUCUGUGUCAAUGAUAAUGGCCGCGUGUAACGUGUUAGUUGUCAUGUACCGUGCGUAGUGCCUGUCGUUGGUGCGUAGUGCAACAGCAUCAGCAGCGGCGUGGCGUAGUGCAUACCGCUGUGGAGCUUCAUUCACUUACUGUGCUGCACUGUGAGUAACUUUGCAUUGAGUGGUGCAUGCUUCUGCCGCUGCUGCUUCAACCUGGACUCCUAUUAAAUACCACUCUUGAUCCGGUGGCCAAUUCUACCCGGUCUACUGCUUGUCCACCACGAUCAUGACAAUGGUCCUAACAUUAUCAACUUACCACUAAAACAGGGUCCUGGCCUUGGUAGUUGUGUGCAGUUUGGUGUGCUUAUGCCUUAUAGUCUGUUUCAUUUUUUUGUCUUUCUCUAAAUCGUGAGAGUUUUACUUGACUCUAGCCGUGGUUCUAUGUUAGAUGCUGGCGUGUAGUGCAAGCAAACAGCUGUGUGCGUGUUUAGUUGUGGCCGAAUCUCAUGCGCUACUAAAGCUAGCCGCUUGUGUAAUGUUUUUUUUUUAAUCCUUUUUGGAUUUCUAUUCUUACAGCAGGUUGCAUUGUUAUUCUCUACUUUGGUGCAAAUUCCAGUCGUGGCUUCUGGGGCUGGACCUCAAGCAAGCGAUUCAAAAAAAAAACCUGGUGGAUGUGUUUUGUCGAGAAAUGUA